AUGCCUUACAACGCCAGAGUCAAAGAGCUUCCCGAGAUAGCCUUCAGAGGUGGUCUUGUGGACCCUCGGGCUGAUCACCAGCAUUCCUUCAACAAGCGAAUUUCCUGCCGUGACGUUACCGACUUCAUCUCCAAUACUGCCGAGGUCUCACCUUUGGAGUUGCGUGACAAGAAGGCUGCUGCCAAGCACACCAGCGACUCUCGAGCCCGUCUUUACAAGAUUCUCGCCCGUACCAACGAGCUCAGUCGUCCUUUGGCAGUCAAGUGUUCUGACCAGCCCAUUUCCGACCUCCUCCCGGGCCUCAUCGUCAGCGGUGGCUUGAGUCGCUCGCCCGCUUUUGAUUGUCUGCCUGUCGUCUCUCAUUGGGGUGAACGUACCGGUGACUACUCAGCCGAAGAUCCUUCUGCUACUGUCCGUCUGACUUCGACCUGGAACACCAUCCAUGUCCGCGGAGAAGGUCUCACCCGAGAAUCUCCACACGGAGCCCCAUGCUGGACCCUGAAGAGCCACGGUCUCGGUCCAGUCGAGCCCGAAUCGGGCAAGUUCUCCCAGCAGUAUGACUCUGAAACCGACACGCUGACGACCACGGUCAACUUGCCGCGUCGUGCUGAUACCGUCCACACAAAGGGCGUGCUUGGUGCUGCCUCAAGCAUUUCAUGGAUUCGCAAUGCCCGUGUGGCAGAUGCGGUCGACUGUGCUAUUGGCCUGUUGGCGGACGCUUCCGUUCUCCUAAAAGCCCGUGACAAAGUCAUUCUGUCUGGAAAGACUGAGAGCCUUGAAUUUGCAGAAGUGCGCAAGGCCGAGAUCCCUACUUGGUGUAAUGCUCGCAAGCCUUUGGCUCCCAAGCUGAGUGGUGUGGCCGACUCGCCAGAUGAGUUUACGGAUGCGCUCUUUGCAGCGGAAGCGUGCGAAGGCCCUCUGAUAAACACCAGUAUCUUUUCCAUGUCAGUUGGUUACAACCGCGGUGUCUAUGGUGGCUCCAUCUCUGGUCUGUGGGCUGUCAUGGACUCAGCCUUUGUAUUGGAUUACUCCAUCGGCACGGAUAGCUCUGCAAUGGCAGACAGACUUUCUUUUGCUUUCGCCGAAGUGACUGCCUCUGCUGAAGCAUCUUCCUCUGCCGGUCCCCACAUCGACGAUAUCCGCAUCGUCAAGGGCUGCAACUACGGAUGCUUGCGCCAGAAGACUAUCCUUGAGGACAAUGAUCCUGUCGAGUCCAGCCCCUGUCUGGUUGUCUGGAGCGAUCUCGAUCGCCUUGCUCGUUACAAGCUCGCUGACGCGGUCUUCUGCCACGUCUACUACGACUCUGGUGGUGGUGAGCAAAUGGCUGCUAUUGCCGGUCUUGGAUGCGUUGCACACGAUUGGAUUGACCUCGGAGCUGAUGUGUCCUGUGGUGAGGUUUCAAAUAUCAUCCCCUCUCUGACCCGAGGCUCUCUGGAAGAGGAGCCAUUGGCCGAGGUUUACUCGCGCUUGAUCGGUGCCAUGAUCUGGUACCGCAACAACGACCCUUACAACCCGGCCGCCCUCUGCCUCCUCUUCACUCACUGGUGGCAGCUCUCCAACUGUCGUCACCGCCCCGUCACUCUCCUCGGCCGUACUGACCACGGCCCCGAGGCAGCAAUUGCCCCCACCAUGCCAGAUGGACGUCCAGAGCUGGAGCACUUCCGCGCCAACGGCACUCGAGUCGAGCGCGGCCAGGGCCCUCUCUCCAGUGCCGAGGCACGUCUUGAGGCCCUCGUCUCUGGUAACAUUCUACCGGAGACUCGUGCUGUUAUUGACCACUUGGUAAACCCUGUUCUCGCUUACGUGAAGGGUGGUGAUACUCUGCCCUCUGAGAGCGAGUAUGUUGGAACCGUCCUCGCUGCUGAGACAGCUUAUCCCCACGGACAGAAGAUUAUGGAGCUGUGGGAUCUUGCUAUCGUUAUGUGGGAGUGUGGAGCAAUGUGGUCCGCUGGUGUGGCUGGCCUUUGCUACACUCACACCGGAAAGGCCAACUGUGACCGUGCCCGUCACGAUUUGGCUGAUCAUACCUGGACUUAA